GUUCUCUAAUGCAUAUGACAUUUGUUAACAUUUCUUUUAGUUAUGUCCUGCUACACAGGUUUCACUUCGUUCUCUCUCACACAAGCACAUUUAUUUGGAAAGUUGCGUGACAGUGCGCCGCAGUCGCUGCGUCAUCGGACACGUAACGAGGCGGCCUGAAUCUGACCGAGGGGGGACAGACAGACUAUUUAAUAGGAGACAGCAGGACCACCAUCACCUAGCACCGACACUUUCUGUACCGACAAGGCCUGAAACUAUUGAUUUCUGGGCAGUGCUGACACAGAAGACCAAAUAUAAAUAUGGUGUUCAGAGGCACAAUAUCAGAUGCUCCGGACUUUGAUCCCAGCACUGAUGCUGAGACCCUUUACAAUGCUAUGAAAGGCAUUGGUAGCGACAAAGAGGCUAUCUUGGACCUGGUGACCUCUCGAAGCAAUGCACAGAGGCAGGAAAUCAUUGUAGCAUACAAAUGCAAUUUUGGGAAGGAUCUGAUUGAAGAUCUGAAAUAUGAGCUCACAGGAAAAUUUGAGCGCCUCAUUGUCAGUCUGAUGAGAACCCCAGCCUACCAUGAUGCUAAGGAAAUCCAUGAUGCAAUCAAAGGAUCAGGGACAAAUGAGAGGUGUUUGAUUGAAGUCCUGGCAUCUAGAAACAAUCAACAGAUGAAUGACUUGGUUGCAGCUUACAAAGAUGCCUAUGGAAGUGACAUAGAGGAGGAUAUAAUUGCUGACACUUCAGGACACUUUAAGAAGAUGCUGAUUGUUCUACUUCAGGGGACCAGAGAUGAGUCAGGAGUAGUGGAUGCAGACCUGGUGCAGCAGGAUGCACAAGACCUGUAUGAAGCUGGAGAGGCUCAGUGGGGGACCGACGAGGCCAAAUUCAUUAUGAUCCUGGGAAACCGCAGUGUGACCCACCUCCGUAUGGUUUUUGAUGAUUAUGAGAAGUUUACAGAGAUGUCCAUCGAGGACAGUAUUAAGAACGAACUAUCUGGAGAUUUUGAAAGGUUGAUGCUGGCUGUGGUCCAAUGCAUAAGGUGUACUCCUAUGUUCUUUGCCAAGCGCCUCUACAAGUCAAUGAAGGGUCUUGGCACAGCUGACAACACUUUGAUCCGGAUCAUGAUUUCUCGCUCUGAAAUUGACAUGUUGGACAUUCGAGAGUGUUUCCGUCUCAGAUACGAGAAGUCACUUUAUAACAUGAUAAAGGAUGAUACAUCAGGAGAUUACAAGAGGACUCUGCUUAACCUGUGUGGAGGGGAUGAUGACUUAGCUGGAGAGUUCUUCCCCGAAGCUGCUCAGAUAGCCUACAAGAUGUGGGAAUUAAGUGCCAUGACCAGAGUGCAGUUAAGGCCUACAGUCGGUCCAGCACCUGAUUUUGACCCUGCAGCUGAUGCACAAGCUCUGAGGAAAGCCAUGAAGGGAUUUGGAACAGAUGAAGAUGCAAUAAUUGAUAUUGUUGCAAGGAGAAGCAAUGCCCAGAGGCAGGAGAUCAGACAGGCCUUCAAAUCUCUGCUGGGAAGGGACCUGAUGAAGGACUUGAAGUCUGAGCUGUCAAAGAACUUAGAGAGGCUGAUCAUUGGGCUAAUGCUAACUCCAGCUGAGUUUGAUGCCAAAAUGAUGAAAAAGGCUAUGGAGGGUGCAGGAACGGAUGAACAUGCUCUCAUCGAGAUCCUGGUUACCAGGAGUAAUGAGGCAAUACAAGCCAUGAAUGCUGCUUAUCAGCACGCCUAUAAGAAGACUCUGGAGGAAGCCAUCCAGUCUGACACAUCAGGUCACUUCUGCCGCAUCCUUGUUUCUCUUGUGCAGGGUGCAAGAGAAGAGGGCCCUUCAGAUGUGGAAAGAGCCAAUGCUGAUGCUCAGGAACUUGCUGACACAUGCAAUGCAGACUCUGAUGACAUGGAGAUGAAGUUUAUGAGUAUACUUUGCACUAGGAGCUUCCCUCACCUCAGGAAAGUGUUCCAGGAGUUUGUCAGAUGCACCAACAAGGAUAUUGAGCAGAUUAUCAAGAAGGAAAUGUCAGGAGAUGUGAAAAAUGCCUUUUAUGCAAUAGUUCGCAGUGUGAAGAACCAGCCUUCUUACUUUGCAGACCGUUUGUACAAAGCAAUGAAGGGUCUUGGCACAGAUGAUAGAGCGCUGAUCCGGAUCAUGGUGUCCCGUAGCGAGGUUGACCUUUUCAACAUUCGUAAGGAAUUCAAGGAGACCCACGAUGCUUCCCUCCAUGAAUUCAUCCAGGUAGAGACCAUGAUCGGUGAUACAUCAGGAGACUACCGUAAAACCCUGCUGAUUCUGUGCGGAGGGGAAGAUUAAACACGUUACGCUGCUGCAGCUUUGUUUGGAUUUCAGUGACCACGAAAUAUGCCUGUUCACAGAAUCAUUACAGUUGUGGUUGGUUAAUGUCAGUAUCUGUUGCCAGUCUUCCUAACUGCUGCCACUCCUCAGCCAAACCAAGUGACCUACUGUAUGAUGACCCUCUCAGCCUUGUAAGCAAUUUAUCUGUUCUUGUGUCUACUUUGCCCUGUCUGGCAGGAUGAUGUCUGUUUUUUUUUUACAGUGUAAAUGUAACAUGAAGAUGCUCACGUUAAUGUAGAAAUGGACUUCACAUGUGCAGCAUAAACAAAUGGGUUCUUAAGCAGUGCCUUCAGAGUGGUUCAGUUAAUACUGUGAUUUGUAAGGUAUCAAAUAAACCUGAAUUAAACACAUGCA